AUGCUUGAGGUAGUCGUGGCAGAGACCGAGGAGGACGAGGACGAGGACGAGGAGGAAGAGGAAGACGAGGACGAGGAGGAGAAAGAGGAGGAGGAGGAGGAGGUUGUGCUCGUGGUCUCCGUGGUGGAAGUGUGCGUGGAGGAAGUGGUCGAGGAAGUGUCGCUUAUGGAGGUCGUGCUCGUAGAGGUAGAAGAGCUGGUACGGCUGGAGCUGCUGGUGCUGGAACUGGAACUUGUCCAAGAGCUGGAGGUGCUGACCGUGGUGCUGACCGUGGUGCUGACCGUGGUGCUGACCGUGGUGCUGACCGUGGUGCUGACCGUGGAGCUGGAGCUUGUGAGGGUACUGGUCGAUGAAGUGGAAGUUGUCGUUGUAACGGUGCCCGAGGUGGUUACAGUGGAGCUCACGCUUGUGCUGGUCAAUGAAAGCGACGUCGUCGUAGACGUCGUAGAGCUGGAGGUCGUGACACUGGCAGUGGUGGAGCUGGAGGUCGUGUCAGUCGAGCUGGACGACGAGAUAGUGCUGCUGGUUCUUGUUUCCGUGGUGCUCGUAGUCUCUGUGGCAGAAGUGCUGCUACUUGUUUCAGAGGUGCUUGUGGUCUCUGUGGCCGAAGUUGUGCUACUUGUUUCCGUGGUGCUUGUGGUCGCUGUGGCAGAAGUGGUGCUACUUGUCUCCGUACAAGUUGUGCUGCUGGAGGUGGAACUCAAUGUGGUGCUUAUUGUCGUGCUGCUUGUCUCGGUUGUCUGCGUUAACGUUGAAGUGGUCUCCGUCGUCACGGUCGCCGUGGAUGUGCUCGUGGCCGUGGUGACCGUGGCCGUGCUGGUCGUGGCCGUGCUGGUCGUGGCCGUGCUGCUCGUGUCCGUGGUGGUCGUCGUCAGCAAGUUGCAGACGACCUGC